GGCUCGGGGCAAUCGGUCUUGAGACUUAAAAACAUGGAAUGUGCUGCGGUUUACCGUUGCACAGUUCGCUCAUUUAUCAAGAACAUUCGUGGUGGUCUUUUGACAAUUUAAAGAACAGACUCAGACUUUGUCGUUGUUUCGUUUGGAGUUUACCGGUACUUUGUCUCAAUUGUUGACCCAUUUUAAUGUCUGCAGUGUGUUGUUUGGUGUCCUGUAACUUUUUGAUAAUCUUCUUCAAAGCGAAGCCUGGCUGUCGUCAGCGUUUUCGCCAGAGCAUCCAGGGGGAGCUUGUGAUCCACCAGCUGACUGCUAAUCCUCUGUGGCUGAUAACUUGUGACCUAGCAUCCUUGUGUCCUCAUGCGUUGGUGAUAUGGGAGAGUGGUGGACAACUGCGACAGGAGACGCGUCUAUGGAUCAGCAGCCCACGUCAUACUCCAGAUUUAAUGCCAUUUUGGGAUUUGUUUCAUCAGGAGCCUAUGAGAUCUCUAGCAUUUCACAUGUGACGAUGUCCCCGUCAAGACAGAACAACCUUGUGUCACUGCAGCCUUCGUUUAAGAACUCCUACAAUCUGCUCACAGUCUUUUGCACAGAUGACAACAUCCCGCAGUGUAUCUCCUACAUCAAUCAGGAGUUCUCCUCCCUGGGUCUCUCCUCAUGCAUGGAGCUAAGAUCAGCAGGAGCCGCAGGCCUCAGCGCAGUGCCCGCUUUGAACGCUGCUUUCGAGCUGCUGCAGAUCCACAGGCGCACCCUGGCCAGUUUGGAGGAGCUUGAGAAAGAGCAGUACAAGAGGUCCAGCACCUUGGAUCACAUGCAGAUGAGCAAUUCAAGACUUAGGGAUCAGCUUGAACUGUCCAUUCGGGAGAAAUCGGGUUUACAUGAAACCGAAAGGCAGCUUCAACUCAAAAUCAAGACUCUACAAAGUUGCCUGAAGACUGAGAAAGAUGAGGUCCAAAAGCUUCACAGUAUAGUUGCCAGCCGCGCGUCGCAGUACAACCACGAUGCCAAGAGGAAAGAGAGAGAGUCGGCGAAGCUCAAGGAACGUCUCAGUCAGCUACUUGUGGACAGAAGAGAUAGAAAAUUGGCUAUUGACGUGCUGAAUUGCAUUGGACGAGCAGACGGCAAAAGGAGCCACUGGAAGACCGCCAAAGUCACAGCCAGUCACGAAGGGCAGAUGUAUAAGUCCAUGUUGCGUGACUACGAAGCCAGCCAGCGGUCACUGAUGCUGGAGAAUGCAGAGCUAAAGAAGGUCCUACAGCAGAUGAAAAAAGAAAUGGUACACAUGUUGAGUCCACGCCAGGUGCCAUGCAGAGGAGCAGGCACUGAUGACAGCAAAGAGGCGUUGGAUUCUGAUGGGGAGGAGAAGACAGGUGACUCCAGUAAGGAAAUACUGGACCGGUCAUGUGACCCAGCGAGGGAGGAGCUCACCAACAGUAUUCGCCAACAAUGGAGGAAAGUGAGGAGCCACAUGGAGAAAUUGGACCACCAAGUUAAAAAUCAGGUAGAGUCCAAUAAGGAGGUGAUCCCGAGGGAAACCCACGAGGACGAGAUGGAGAGGAUGAGGCGCGAAGUGCAGCAGUGCAAAGAGUUCAUUCACACACAGCAGCAACUCCUCCAGCAACAACUGAACGGGUCAUUUGACGACGAGACGGCCGGGCUCCUUAGUGACUGCUACACUCUGGAAGAGAAGGAGCGGCUCAAAGAGGAAUGGAGGCUAUUUGAGGAGCAGAAAAGGAAUUUUGAGAGGGAGAGAAACUAUUUCACUGAGGCCGCUAUCCGCCUCGGACGAGAGAAAAAGGCUUUUGAGGAGGACCGUGCCUCAUGGCUGAAAAGUCAGUUUCUAAACAUGACCCCCUUUGACAACCGGAGUAGAUGCUCCUCAACUGAUGGUUAUAGUGCCUUAUCGAUCAGAAGCGAGCCAGAGACGAGGGCAUCUUCGGCGAAAAGCCAGCUUUCCAAAUCCCUAAACUAUACAUCGUUCUCUACUGCUAAACCUGCUCCUGCACAGAGCACCAUGGUGCCAUCCACUGCUGAACUUAACCGGGCAUUCUACCUCAUCCCAGACUCUAGUUCCUCUGGGUGUUUAAAUCGAGUACGCCGGCAAGAGGCCAGCAGCACGUUGGAAGAUGACAGAGACUCUCGUGUCAUGGCCAAAAACAGAGUCUACAAUGGAGACUUGAGUAUCUUCUCUCUCGAGACUGAUCAGAGCAGCCUCACUUAAGAGCCAAUGUGGCUGAUGAACUCUUGAAUAUUUUUUUCAUACAUGCAUACCGAUCAGUGACCAAAUGAACAAGAACGCACUUUAUAAAAGUCUGCUCUGAAAGGGGCUGAGAAUUUUACCAUGUACUGAUAUGAUUGUUUUUCUUAAAUGUUUUCAAAGAUAAGAUGAUGCACAGUCAGUUGAUUUCUUCAAUACAUUUUUGUGUAAUAUCUAUAUAAGAUGAUUAAUAAAUAGUUAUUUGAUUUAAA